ACUCCAGUUCCUCUCCCUUGCCCUCUUAUUCUCAAGCCUCCUUGAGCCCAGUAGAAGCAGUGGCCAGCUUCCUGAGCUCUGCCUAAAAAUCGCCACUCAGCACUGGUUGGGGACAAGGGCUGAACCAGUGGCCACCAGCCACGCCUAGGAGCUGGAACCAGAAAGCCAGGCAACCUCUGGUCACAGGGGCCACUUCCAGGCCUCCCAGCUGAGAGGGGUCACUGUUUUGCCUUGUCUGUCAGUGCAGUGCCUGUGCUGAGGUGGAGAGGUGAGUCCUAUCAGAUUCCUGGCUGGGCCUUCCCACCUGCUCUGGCUUCUCUGCUCCCAUGCUCGCUGUACCUUUUCUUAUUCUGAUGGGUCCCCCCGCCCCUGAUUAAACUCUCUUCUUGCCCCUUUGGGGCUGCAUGAGGUAUGUUCUCUGUCUGCAUAUGUGGAAAGAGGGGAGGUGGGGCUUUUUCUUUCCAAAGACCAUGUGACUGGUACUUGGGCCUGGGGUCACCACCAGAAGCAAUCUUACAGUUCCUGACAUCCCUGCCUAGGGCCCUGAUCCAGAGACUUCCGUUGCAAUCUAGGCAUCACCCAUUUUAAAAACUGUUACCACUACCUAUGAAGAGCUUUGGUUCUUUUUGCCUAAUGAGCUCAUUUGGGCUAAACCAACCUCGGAGAGUCAGUGAUCCCAUUUUACGGCUAAGGAAACAGGUUCCAUAAGAUGUAGUAGCUUGCCCCAAAUUUAGCCAGUGAGCAAGAGGGUAGAUUUCAAAUCCAAGACUUCUGCCUCUACCAAUGCUAAGACAGUACUCAGUAGCCAUGUGUGGUUAUUUAAAUUACUCAAACUAAAUAAGGUUUAAAAUUUACUCACACGGUCCCACCAGCAACAUUACAAGUGCUCAAUAGCUACCAGUGACUAAUGCCUAUCAUGUCAGAUGGUACAUAUGUAGAGCAUUUCCAUGAUCACAGAAAGCUCUUGGACAGUGCUAGACUUGGUGAAUCCUCCCAAAUAAACAAGAUUGCUUGUAUUUGAGUCCCAAGUCUUAAAUAUAUUUUAUUGAUUUUUUAGAGAGGAAAGGAGAGAUUAGAUAGAAGCAUCCAUGAGAGAGAGACAUCAAUCAGCUACAUCCUGCACAUACACACACACCAUGCCCCCACACACGGGGUGGAUUCUGCAACACGGGCAUGUGCCCUGACUGGGAAUUGAACUGGGGGCCUCUUGGUUCCUGGCUUGGCGCUCAACUGCUGAGCUACAUCAGCCCAGCAUGAGUCCAAACUCUUGCUGAAUUUGAGUAAAUUAUAAAGUGGAGAUAGUUAAUGUAAACAAUCUCACAUAGUUCCUGCUAUACCAGUACUAAGUAAACAAUAGCUGAUCUUUCCACCAGCCCACUAUGCAAGCUGAUAACUUUCCUCAUCUAGACAUGGGCGAUGACAUUAUCCCUGUCUUGGAGAGAUUUGGGGGACUAGUAAAAGCCAGGUGUGUGAAUAGAUGUGCAGAAGUGUUUCAUAUUCACUAUAAGUCUUGGGGCCCACAGGGCAUAUAUUUAUGGAGGAGGAUGCCGGGAAGAGUUUCAGAAGGGUUGGCCUUUGAGCUGAGCUUUCAAAAGUGUUCUGGAUGGCCAGCGGGUCUCUUGAAGUAGAGGACAAGGUGAUGUUAAAGGGAGAAAGGGCUGGGGGCAACUCGGAUAGCUAUCAUCCCCUUUAUGACUUCCCUCUGUGACCUCUUCCUUCUGCCUUGCAGAAUGAGGUGUGCCCUACGCUGGGGCACAUGACUGUUCUAGCUUUGCAGUGAACAUUAAAGGUGAUCACAGUGAAGAUAUCCAGUAUAGAAUAUGGCAGCUGCUCACUCAGCCCUCACAGGACGGCAUUGCCUGGGUGAGCCAGCCAAAACUCUCUUGUCAUGGAUGCAUCUCCUCUGAUCUGGAUCCCCUAAAACCAAAGUUGCUCCCUGAUGAGAACGGACUGGGUGGUUUCCAAUCAGCUGGCCCUCUCCUGGGGACACGUCUUUUGGGAAGCCCAGUCACCAGCCAGUGGGGGGUUGGAAAGGGUGAUCUGCGGGGAUGGGGUUGGCUGGACACCUAGGUGGAGGACCCACCUUCACUGAAUGGGCAGAUCUAGCCAGAGACAACAAAAAGCUGGCUUUUUGGACCAGGUACUCUACCCUGGAGUUUGCUUAAAUGGGCACUGCUAGAGUUUACCUCUCAAACUACCCAUAUUUCCAUGACCAAUAGACAACCAGUUUGAUAACAUGGGGUCAUGAUGUUAACAGUGUUUGUGUUUAAGAGUGGGGCCUUGGAGUCAGCUCUGGGCUCCACUGCUGGCUCUGUGAUGAGGCAAAUUCUGUAACAUCUUGGAGUCUCAUUUAUCUCACCUGUGACUUGAGGAUACUACUUUUCCACACCCCCAAAAGGAUUGCUUAUCUUGAGAGCUGUGCAUAAAUCCAGUUACAUUUUUUUCCUGCAGUUGACCAAGAUGGUCUGUUUUUGUAUUUCCAAGUUAUUGUGGGGUGGGGGAAGGGAAAAGUGCGUUCUGUGCUGGAUCAUUGUUUCCUGCAUAUACGGUCUUUCAAAUCUGUCCCCAAGGACCUCUCCUAGCCCCAUCUGUCAGCCCUGCAGAUGCAAUCCCGCCUCACCAGGCUCCAGCCACACUGGCAUCCUUUUAGUUCCCCAGAAAGGUUCUUACCCUCCUCAGGGCUCUUGCUGAGACUUGCCUCUCCCUGGAAUGCUAUUUCUCCCCUCUUCCCUGGCCAACUCCUGACCUUUGCAUUUUGUAAGGCGUUGGCUUCAAUGUCACCUCUUCAGAGAACAUCCUUGACUGCCUUAUCCAAAAUAUGCCACUUUCCUGGCUGUAGUUCAUUGCCCAGACCAUACUUACAGCUGUUAUAUACCUUUGUUGCUUACUUUUUGUUUCCUCUCCACUGGGCUCUAAACUCCAUGAGGUCAGGGAUCACCUAGGUCCUAGUCCAUUGCCUAGGACGUGGUCCUCUGUAAAUACUGUGAAAUGACUGGAGCCCCAGGAAAUGCUCAAUGAGAAACCGUGGCACUGGUAGUAAUUGGCAACCCGGUACUGUGCGCUUCCGCCAUCAGCGCUCUCAUCAAGGGUGUGGGGCAGGUGAAGUUCAGAGUUCGCCUGCUGGAACCAGCCAACCGCGGCCUGAUUGUGGUAAGGAAUGGUUUCCAAGGCGACAAUAAACAGAGGGCGGAGCCUCGAACCCUAGGACCCUGCUCUGCAAUCCCGCGAGAGGCAGCAGUGCGGGGCGCAGGGAGGGCGUGCGAGCGCGGUAAGGCGCAUGCAGGGCCCCUGCUUGGCGCUGAUCCGGAGCGCGGGGGACCUGGGGGUCAGACACCCGUGCUCCACCACCUGGUACCGCCUGGAGGGCGGCCCGGUAUGCAACUGGCCGCAGAAGCCGCAGCCGCCUGAGCCACGCACCAGUCACCCCGUCCCGUGGCCCUGGGCACGCCGCUCGGAGUUUCGGCCUCUAGAGACGCUGCCAUGGCCCAGGCCCGCCUGCGCCUGGUCCGACGGGGCUCGUGCUGGUAGCAAAAGCCUGGCCGGCAGCCACGCCAUCCAGUCGCUCGCCCAUGGCACUCAUGCCCAGGGCACCACAGAUCUACGCCCCCUCGGGCGCCCGCACACCCGAGCCCUUGAUGAUGCCCCGCUGCAGGACGGUUCCCUGGUCCUCUGGCCAGGAUUGUCCAAGGACUCUCCGCACAUGGGCCGGCUCAGAAACGCCAAGAUCCAUGUGGAGAGAGCUGUCAAGAAGAAGAUCUUUAUGAUCCAAGGCCACUACCCGGUGAUCCGGUGCCUCUUGCGCCGCAGGGGCUGGGUGGAGAAGAAGAUGGUCCAUUCGUCGGGCACCACCCUGCUGUCACCCCAGAAGCAUCUGAAUAGCUCAGUGACGGGUGAUAGCGACAUCACUGAGGAUGACGAUCAAGAUGAGGACGAGGUGUUCCAGCUACCACAACUCUUCGAUGAUGAUGUACUGGAAUUGGAUAACCUAGAUGGGACACAUGCUGUGAUGUCCCGCAUGGUUCGGAAUGAGAUCCCCUACUUCAUCUGGACCACUCGGCGGGAUGUGCUGGACUGUCGCUUCCUCUCCAAGGACCAAAUGAUAAACCACUAUGCCCGGGCUGGCUCAUUUACUACAAAGGUGGGUCUAUGUCUCAAUCUCCGGAAUUUGCCAUGGUUUGAUGAGGCUGAUGCUGACUCCUUCUUCCCACGCUGCUACCACCUGGGGGUUGAGGAAGACAAAAAGGCCUUCAUAGAGGACUUCUGGUUGACAGCUGCCCGCAACGUUCUCAAGCUGGUGGUAAAGUCCGAAUGGAAGUCAUGUUCUAUCCAGGCAAAAGAGGAAGAGGCCCCAGCAGGCAAGCAGCCCAAGAAACUGGAGAAAAAGCCAGUGAUGCUGACUCCAGAGUUUGUGGAUGAGGCGCUCUGCGCCUGCGAGGAGCACCUUAACAACCUGGCCCACCUGGACAUUGACCGGGACCUGGAGGCCCCGCUGUUCCUCAGCCCUGAGGGCUGGUCCCUCUUCCUACAGCGCUACUACCAAGUGGUCCACGAGGGGGCAGAACUCAGGCACCUGAAGGCUCAGGUCCAGCGCUGUGAGGACAUCUUGCAGCAGCUGCGGGCCUUGGUGCCCCAGAUAGACAUGGAAGGAGAUCGCAACGUCUGGAUCGUGAAGCCAGGAGCCAAGUCCCGUGGCCGAGGCAUCAUGUGCAUGGACCACCUGGAGGAGAUUCUGAAACUGGUAGACGGCAACCCCAUGUUGAUGAAGGAUGGCAAGUGGGUUGUGCAGAAGUAUAUCGAGCGGCCCCUGCUCAUCUUUGGCACCAAGUUUGACCUGAGACAGUGGUUCCUGGUGACCGACUGGAACCCACUUACCGUGUGGUUCUACCAUGACAGCUACAUCCGCUUUUCCACACAGCCCUUCUCCCUGAAGAACCUGGACAACUCAGUGCACCUGUGCAAUAACUCCAUCCAGAAGCACCUGGAGAAUUCGUGCCAUCGGCACCCGCUGCUGCCCUCAAACAACAUGUGGUCGAGCCAGAAGUUCCAGGCCUACCUCCAGGACAUGGGGGCCCCAAAUGCCUGGUCCAGUGUCAUCGUGCCUGGCAUGAAGGCUGCAGUGAUCCAUGCUCUGCAGACUUCCCAGGACACUGUGCAGUAUCGGAAGUCUAGCUUUGAGCUUUAUGGCGCUGACUUUGUGUUUGGUGAAAACUUCCAGCCCUGGUUGAUUGAGAUCAAUGCCAGCCCCACCAUGGCGCCCUCCACAUCUGUCACCGCCCAGCUGUGCGCCGGUGUACAAGCCGACACCCUGCGUGUGGUCAUUGACCGGCGGCUGGACCGAAACUGUGACACGGGAGCCUUUGAGCUCAUCUACAAACAGCCUGCUGUGGAGGUGCCUCAGUAUGUGGGCAUCCGGCUCCUUGUAGAGGGCUCCACCAUCAAGAAGCCCAUGGCGAUGUGUCACCAGCGGACAGGAGUCCACACAGAGCUCCCUCACCUGCUGACCCGGCAAGGCUCUGGGGAAGGCAAGGACUCGGGGACCCUUAGCCACAUACCACUUCCUAGGAAAGGUCCUGGGGCCAGGAACCUGGGGCACAUCCAGAAGCCAGACUCCACUGCCACCACAUCCGCUGCUGGGAAGGGGAAGAAAGGCAAGGCAAAAAGUGCUACAGCUCUGGUCCACUCCAGUAUCCAGAAGUGGGACCCAGCCUGCACAAGGAUGGGCUGCAUUUUCACCAUCACCUUUGCUAGUGGGGAUAGGCAACCCCGCUCCUUGAACAGAUUGCUAUUGAGUCCGAAGAACCUCCAGACCCUGGGGAAGACCGUUCCCCCCAAACACCCCAGGCAAUUUCUUCCUGCUCUUCAAGGACUUCCUGACCACCUGAAUUUGCCCCCUACCCAGAACCUCACCAAAGAGCCAUCCAGUAACGAGUAAAAGCCACCACUUACAAAGUAUUUUUUAAAAAUAUACAACUGAGUAUUGUCCCCUCCAAAAGAGUUACCUUGUGAGGCAGUUAUUUCAAAGAUGCCAGAACUCAACUGCAGGUAGAUCUCUCCCCAGCACCCAAGUUUUUCCUGCCACAGCGUUGUGCCUUUGCCUCUGGGGGAAAGGAACGGCAUUUGCACAGCACUGAACAGUUGACACUGUGUCGCUACCCAACCAGCUCCUUUAGUCCUCACAACCUAGCGAGGAUUGGUGCUAUUGUCCCCACUUUCCAGCCAAGCUAGCAGGAAGUUUAAGGAAGUUGCCCAAGGUUGCACAGCUCAGAAGGGGCAGAGAUGGGAGGCAGACCCAGGUCUGUUGGAGUCCAAACCAUGGCCUCUGGGAGGGCUCCCAUCU